GGGAAGCUGCUCGCCUCUCAGGUAAUUCUCAGACGGAUCAAUGAAAACAAAACGAUGACAAGUUGUGGUCUACAGUCCUUAAAUACACUGAUGGUCGUGUUCUCCUUGCUCUUGUCAGCAGCUCUGUCUGCCCAUUUUCGAGUCUGUGAGCCAUAUACAGACUACAAAGGCCGCUCCCAUGUUGGAUUCCACUGCCCACGUCUUUCCGACAAUAAAUCGUACAUCUUUUGCUGUCACCAUAACAACACGGUGUUUAAAUACUGCUGUAAUGAGACUGAGUUUCAGACUGUUAUGCAGAUGAACCUAACAGGGAAUGGAGAUGGAUACAUGCAUAACAAUUACAGCGCGUUGUUAGGUGUGUGGAUCUAUGGGUUUUUUGUUGUGGUCUUGCUGGUAUUGGACUUUUUGUAUUAUUCCUCAAUGAACUACGAUAUUUGCAAACUAUAUCUAGCAAGAUGGGGAAUCCAGGGGAAAUGGAUGAAACCGGAACCAAGCCGGUGGAUUAAGCCUGCUCAGGACCCAAGACAAGUACAGACUCAGACGCAACCUCAGACUACGCCUCAAACAUCGCAGGCAGUACAUCCAUUAAAAGGAGAAGCUUUAAAUCCACCACUGAUGUCUUUUCCAAGUUCAACUGCCUGAAAAAUAUUUUGAUGUGCCUCAAGAUGGGAGAGGUAAGAUUACAGUCCAAGGAGGUGAGUUUCCUCUGAAGAGGGUGGGGAAAUGACUGAACGAUUAAGGAAAACCUCAAAGGAGAUGGUGAUUAGUCUAGUCACGUGGAGAGAACCACCAGUGUGGCACUUGGCGAUACGAAGAGCUCUCGGUGAGAAAAUGGUACGCAAGCAAUACCUUUGAGAUAGAAAACAUCGGUUGUGAAAGAAGACAAACGAAUUUGAGGGAAUACUUAUUGCAGUGAAAAAUAAGUUGCUCCAAUGGGAAUCCAAGCUGAGAGCGGACAUAUGCCACAGUAUGAACCUUUGGUAGAUAUCCUUACUUUGCGUCCCCCAUCCUUUAAAUUGCCAUUUGAGCCUACUCUUAAGUGUCAAAACAACGAAUGCGGCUUUUUUCCAAAGUUCUCUAGUGAAUAUUGUCACAAUAGGGUAGAUAUAGAUCAGCCAAAACGAUUUUCAUUCUUUUCUUUUUCCUUUUUCUCACACAAGUACGCCCUCUUUUGGAACUGGAAGGAAGGACAGUUAUCAUUUUAGAUUAUGUAAUCUUACCAUUUUUAUACAUGACAAGAUGGCAGGCUUCAAUUUCAUGUUCCUGAGCACACCGAAGUGGCCUCUAUUGCCUGUGCAUAUGGGGAAUUAAAGGGAGAGCACCUCUUCCAUUUUGACCCCAACUGGGGAGAAAACAAAGAAAAUACUUGUGAUAAUAUAAAGCAAUAAAAUAGUUGCCCUCUGUUACAUGAGGCCAUAGUCCAAUUUCCUUAUUGUAAGGUACCAUUUGCCCAUUAACUGGCCUUAAUAAUUACCUCCCCCUCAGGAACUUGAUGACAUCCUUGCAAAGCAGGACAAGAGCAAUUCUCUUGCUUAAGGUUUGUGGCAGUGGGCGACUAUUGUGCAUUCUGAAGCAGCUUGAGGUUUUUCAUGGAAGGGGAGAUGAUUUUGAAGGGAUCGCUCUUCCAAAAUUCCACGAAGAACCACGACUUACGUAGAGCAAAGCACGCAAUGUUGCAAGUUGACAAAUCAAUAUCAGAAAAGCACUCUAUGUUCAGUUAUUGUUAGGUCUCCUCUGGAAAUUCCUUUGUGUCAAUAAAUGCAUCUCACUGUUUGGCUUUUAUGUUGG